AUAGCUUUACCACUAUUUUUUCAAGUGUGGUCCAAACAAAUGUAUCGUUGACGCAGAAGGGAUGAUUACUCAGUGAUUUAACUGACUUUUACCGAAGUAGUCUCGAGGAGAAGCCGGGUCAGUUUGUUUUCGAUUGGAGAAACCGUAUUGAACCAGAAUCGCAUACUAGAAUCCAGUUACGUUUGUUAAGCGAAACUAAGAGAGGACUUGAAGGACACUUGAAAUGGAUAAUCAGGUUGGUGAUGGGGAAAACCGAAUUGUACAUUACAGCUACAACCUCACAACGGAAAAUGAGCAGAAACAGAGACCGAAAUCAUCUGGCAAAGGUUUAUUUAGCAGAUUGACAAGAAAUAGUGCCAUGUUUGGAUCUGAUAGCACCCUUAAUGCGCUCUACCAAGCGGACGACGGGAUGAAAAGAAGUAGAAGCAUUCCUAAUUUUGGGCGAAACAUUCUGGGAGGGAACGAUUUAAAGGAAAGUCCCGAUUCCCCGAAACCUAAGAAUGCGUUUGCCUUCGGUGAGGAAAUGCCGGGCUUUUCAACGGAAACAAUUACGCAGAAUCCCGCAAAGACGGGUAAUAGUUCACAAGAGCUUCGUUCACGCAAGUGUGGGCUUGGUGAUCUAACAAACCGAGGAAUCAUGAGUCAUAAACUCAGAAAGAAAGCAGUCUGUGACUCCUCUGACAAUUUGCAUUAUCAAAGACAAUUUCUUCGAGUUUUAAACAAGAGAUUUUAAGGUACUAUUGUUCUCUGACGAAUAAUCGAAAAGCUGUUUAUACCGAAACCACUUAAAGGCGCGGGUUUUCGGUACAUUUAGCGAGUUUGCAUCUUGAUGCAUCAGAGUAGAAUCAGUUGUUGGUAGUGAACGUAUCUGAGUAAAAGCUAUUUGUAUUUUGAAGCAUUUUGUGUAUCACUCUCAUUAGAGAAAAAGAAAAUGCAACUAAUUGGAGUAUCUCGAUGAUGUUUGUAAAUAGGGAAGCUAAAAGAGGUUCCUUGUAUAAAUAUAAUGAUUUCUGUUAAAAACGCACCGAGUACUUUUUCAAAGAAUCUAUCCUGUACGGAGAAACAAAAUAUUGAGUUGUCACUUGACAUUAAA